GAUGACCAGCGAAAAGUUUUGUCGAAAAUUAAUACUAAAUGAAGCAAUAUUCUCUAGAUUUAAAGUAAAGUAUUAUUACCAUGUUAGUUUUUUAAAUACUUUUCAAUAAAACAAUAAAAGUAAUCACAAAAUAAUACAAGUUAUAAGCUUGAGUUAUUAUCUUCAUUUAAUUUAUAUAAUAACCUUGCAGCACUUUUGGCAAAUACAAUUUUAGCAAUAUGUUCGUUUCUUAUUCAUCCGUUUUCUAAACGGGUACGAUCGAACGGAGAAAAACGUUAACCACUUACAAGCGUUACAAAAUAACUGCAGAUUAUUAUAACUAACUAUUUAUUCUCCAUACGCACACAUACAUACUACACUACUUAAAGUUUUGCAUACACUUAACUUGAUAUAUAGGCAUCAAUGUACACACAUUUUAACUUUUAUAUGCUCCAUUUAGUGGUUUAGCAAACGUUUGUAGAGGAAAUCAUGCUUUCGUAUGUUCGAAAGCGAAGUAUAACAGCUAUAUUAAAGGUAAAUCAAGCACCAUGUGUGUCCACACAACGCAACAAAUCAUCUAAUACACCAAAGCAUGUAAGGAUUGGCUGUUCGUCUGGGUUUUGGGGUGAUACCACCACUUCUACAGCCCAGCUCGUACAAAAUGGCAAAAUUGAUUUUCUUGUUUCUGACUAUUUAUCUGAGAUUACAAUGUCACUUCUUACCGCUGCAAAAAGGAAGUACCCAGAGUUGGGUUAUGCUCCUGAUUUUGUGUCUACAUCAAUUGGGCCGCAAAUUAAAAGCAUAAAAGAUAAAGGGGUGCGUGUAGUAAGCAAUGCUGGGGGUACAAACCCUCUUGCUUGCGCUGAAGCUCUGAAAGCUGCUGCUGAAAAAUCUGGGACAACUCUGGAUGUAGCUGUUGUACAAGGAGAUGACAUGAUGCCUCAGCUUAAAGAUCUAUUAAAAUCCGGAAAUAUCAAAGAAAUGGGAAGUGAAAAAUUGCUCCCAAACACUGUGAUGAGCAUGACCGCCUAUUUCGGAGCAAUCCCCAUCCUUCGUGCACUUGAUCUUGGAGCAGAAGUUGUUGUGACAGGAAGAUGUGUUGAUAGUGCUCUUGUGCUUGCACCUCUAAUGCAUUCAUUUGGUUGGAAGGUUGAUGAUUAUGACAAGUUAGCAGCUGGAAGCUUAGCUGGCCAUCUCUUGGAGUGUGGAGCUCAAUCUACUGGUGGAAUAUUCACAGAUUGGGAAACAGUUGGGGACUGGGAUAACAUUGGGUUUCCUGUGGCUGAGUGCUAUGAAGAUGGAGCAUUUGUUCUCACCAAACCUGAUAACACAGGAGGAAUGGUCACACCUUACACAGCUGCUGAACAACUGGUGUAUGAGAUAGGAGACCCAGCUGCUUAUAUUUUACCAGACGUUGUGUGUGAUUUUCGGAAUGUGAAAAUGGAACAACAAGCAAAAGAUCGGGUUUUAGUGAAUGGUGCAAAAGGUUACCAACCUACAGAUUCGUUCAAAGUGUGUGCGACGUAUUUGGAUGGUUUUCGAUGCACUGCAGUGUUCAGUGUUGGAGGAAAGCGUGCAAUUGCUAAAGCUCACCGUACAGCCGACAGCAUCUUAAAGCGAAUCCGCUGCAUUUUCAAAGCUCUCGGCUUUAAAGAUUUCAAGCGAGUCCAUCUACAAGCUAUCGGUAGUGAAAGCUUGUAUGGGGAUAAUGCUCGCAAGUAUGGGGUGGAUGGGGAAGGUCCCAGAGAAACAGUUAUGUGGAUAGCUGUAGAACAUGAUGAUAAAAAGGCUCUGGGUGUAUUUGCUCAAGAAUUAGCAGCAGCUGGAACAGGUAUGGCACCUGGUUUAACAGGCAUCGUAGGGGGUCGUCCAAAAGCAAGCCCUGUGUUGAAACUUUUCUCUUUCCUUCAUCCAAAGUCCCUUGUUCCCGCAACAGUGUCUAAAUCUGGGAGUCCAAAUGUCCAAGUUGAUCAUGAUGUUCCUAAUGAUGUGGUGGAUCAAAGAUCAUCAGAAGUCCAUGAUGAAGAUGUCCCAUCUGGAGAUUGCUCAUUUAUCCUGGAGGACCUUGCUUACACAAGGAGUGGCGAUAAAGGAAACAGCGCUAACAUUGGAGUAAUAGCACGGCACCCAUCUUACGUGCCUUACCUUCGCAAGCAUCUAACAGCCGAAGUUGUUUUCCAAUACUUUAAACAUUUAUUCGUUGAUUUUGAAGAGAUGCCAGUUAAAAGAUAUGAACUACCUGGUAUUAAUGGGUUCAACUUUGUCCUCACUAAUUCGCUUGGUGGAGGUGGUGUAGCAUCUUUACGCACAGACCCACAGGGCAAAGCUUUUGGCCAAAUGAUUCUUGACCUUGAGCUGAAAAAUCUACCCAACUUAAAAGAAUCGACACUUAAUUAAGUACAUAUGAUGUAAUCAAAUUUUAUUGAAAAAUUAUGUAUUAUUUUGUGUUAUUGCUGAAAGUUAUGCCUUGAAAUGUUGGAUUGAUAAACAAUAUGCAUAUUGUAUAAUUCAGCUUAAUAUGUUAUAUUCAUUAUGUACUUAGACUUGUACUGUACAUAUGAGUUUUAAUUAUGUUGGCAAGUUAAAUCAGUGCUGUGUAUAUGACAGUGUAAAAUCCUUUAUUUUUGUAUAUCUUUACUAUUAUACUAUUUAAUUUGAUGUCGGUGCAAUUAUACAAAUACAUUCAGAAUUUAAUUAAA